AUGCCCUCACUUGUUGUUCGCGGUCGUGGCGAUGCACGGACAUCUCCUGGAUGUCGAAAAGGAGGCGUAAGCCAUUCAAAUCUUCGACCAAAAACAUCUAUUCACACCAUAUGGAAGGCUCCUGAUGUUUCAAAAGGUUGUGUCAUACUUCGAGCUUCUGUGAUCGAAUCCAAAUACGUUUGGUAUUCCGAGGAAGAAGACCUCACAAAGAAAUUUUGCGUGCAAGAGGGUUACCAAAAAGUCGUGCCAGUCGACGACCCUAACACGGAAUGCUGUGCCUGUGAUCAGGCAAAAUACGAAAUGGAAUUUAUAGGAAUAUGGAGCAAAGAAACGCAUCCAAAAGAUUAUCCAACGCUUGAGCAUCUCACUCAUUUCACCGAUAUGCUGGGUGCUUCUCACUCCAAAAACUAUUCUCUAUGGAAGAUCGGGGAGGUCUCCACGGAUGGAAUGAAAGAAAUUGCUGAAUGGGGAAAUACAUUCAAAGCUGAGGCCGAGGCAAAGGAGAAGGCAGCAGAGGUGCGUACAUUGAUGAAGGUUAAAGGACUUUGGUAUCCGGAAGUUCAAAGCAGGACAAAAGCAAAUUUUGUUGUGAACAAGUACCAUCACCUAGCCUCACUAGCGACCAUGUUCGGGCCUUCACCCGAUUGGUGUGUGGGAAUCUCAUCUGUAAAUUUGUGCUUACCCGAUUGCACAUGGGUAGGCGAGCGGACGUUUGAUCUACUUCCAUGGGAUGCCGGAACCGAUUCGGGAAUUACUUAUAUGUCCCCAAAUUCCCCGCAAGAGCCCCGAGUUCCCAUCAAAUGGAUUACCACCAAGGACGAUCCGCUCUCUCCAUUCUACUCCACCGAAACUGAUGUAAUCCCCAUGCGAUGCUUUACCAAUGAUGAAUAUCAACGUGAAGCAUUCAACAUAACCAACACCAGCGAAGAUGAAGAGUACAAGGAUAGACGUAAGGCUCAAUUGUACCAAAGCUCAGAUCUAGGAGGUGAAUGCUCAAUGACGCCCUGGGGAUCUUGGUCGUUAUGCUCGGCUACUUGCGGGAAGGGAAUUCGCAUGAGGAGUCGAGUCUUCUUGUUUCCUAUCAAGGUAAGAAACAAGAUAGUGAAUUAAUA